AUCAAACAAACUACUCCCACAUCAAACAUUGUUAGUGAAACAAUGGCAUCUUCAGCUCUGACAGGUAAGAUUGAGGCAGAUGUAGAGAUUAAGGCUUCUCCUGGGUAGUUCCAUGAAAUGUUCACCCACAAACCGCACCAUGUGCACCAUACUUGCUAUGACAAGAUUCAAGGAUGCGAUUUACUUGAAGGUGAAUGGGGAAAAGUCGGUACCAUUAUCAGUUGGCGUUAUGUGCAUGACGGAAAGGCUAAAGUUUCAAAGCAGCUAGUUGAAGCGAUAGAUCCUAGUAAGAACUUGACCACUUUCAGAGAGAUAGAAGGAGAUCAACUGAAAGAGUAUAAGAGCUUUGUAGCCACGCUUCAAGCCUCGCCUAAGAACAAGGGUAGUGGCAGCAUAGUGCACUGGACUGUGGAAUACGAGAAACUGCACCACGGGAUUGCACAUCCCGAGACUCUGUUGCAAUUCUUGGUGGAUGCCUCCAAGGACAUUGAUGCUCACCUCACCCAACCAAACUAAAGGAUCGAUUAAGAACAUCCUAUGUCCGUACUGCUAUACUACUACUACUACCUGAAGCAGUACUAAUCUAAUUAAGAAUAAAAUGACAGCCACCUUUCUUCUUUGUUUCAAUUCGAAUAUGUAUACACGUUUGGAUCAAUAUGCUGUCAAAGAGAGGGAGCUUUAUUUUCUUAGUAUUUGUUGUUUAAUUAUGUACCAGGUUGAAUGUACGAACCAUGUGCUUGUGUGUUAUAUUUUAUAAUAUAAAAGUAUGGUUUGGUUACAA